AUGGAGUUCCGGCGUGGUUCUUUGCUCCUCGUGGCUCUCAUCGCCUUAGCAUGCGUCUCCCUAUCAUCCGCCCAGUGCGUGAAGGACUGCCCCCCACUCUACGGCCUAUGCUCGCAAGGCAUGUGCAACAAUUCUGCUGGUAUCUUCGGGAAAUACGUCGUCCCUACUGUCAACUGCUCCCAGACUUACCCCACCAGCCCCAACAAGCCGUUCUGCGGUGGAGCAUCUGUUAAGCCCAUCACGAGCGGGAGCUGUUCCGAUUCCCUGUGUGGCAAGUGCAUUCUCUUCCCCUCGGGUACUAUUCCCUCUUGCAACGGUACCCUUACGUGCGCUCGUAUCGGCAAGGCUUGCCCAUUCACCAAAAACGACCCGCACUUCCUCGGCGCUCACGGGACGCGUUUCGAGUUCAACGGCUCGCCAGACAAAUCCUUCUGUCUGCUGACGGAGCAGAACGUCCAGGUGAACAUGAAGAUGCACGGGUACUACGACAAGCGCACCAUCGGCGCUUCGGUUCUCGUCAAUGGCAUGGCGGUGCGCACCUGGAUCCGCGAGCUCGCUGUGAUCUGGCGCGCCGUGACCGGCGGCGAGGAGCACAAGCUGCUCAUGGUCGCGCGCAAGGGUAAGGACCAGGAGCGCGAGGACGGUUUCAUUGAUCGCAUCGAGCUGGACGGGCAGGUGAUUCCCAAGAUGCAGGUCGGGGAGACCAAGACUCUUGCCGGCGGUCUCGCGAUCACUUUCACAGGUUACGCCAAGUCCGGCCCGUUCGACGUCGACGAGUACAACGUUAACGUUGACGGACGGAUCUCGCUCAACGUCCGCGCGCGUAUCGCCCACCCGCUGCUGCAGACGGACGAGGACGCGGAGACCCACUUGAACGUGCAGUUCCAAGGUGUCACUCCCACGGAGACCAUUCACGGUGUCAUGGGGCAAACCUACCGUUCCGGACGCGGACAGCGCGCUUUGGAUUACUCGGCGCUUGCUCAGCUGCUGCACCACCCUGUGGCCGCUGACGGCGUCACCGGCAAGGGAUUCCUUGACGGCGAGCCGACUGACUAUGAGACGUCGUCCGUCUUGGCCCCUGACUGCAAGUACACGACGUACCAGGGCAAACCCCUGCCGGCUGAGAAGGAAUAUGCUGGUGUUGAGUAUCUUGUGAAGGAUCUUGUGGAGGUGUAA